AUGAACUCGUUGUUUGGAAGACUGAACAAGACGCUGAAGAUGGAGCUCAAAAAAGCUCUUCAAUCUGGGUCCAGCAAUGAAAUGUUCAGUUUUCUUAACGAAUAUAUGAAAUUUGUUGAAGAUGAUAAUGAUUCCUAUAGACAUCUGUUUCUGGUUGGUGAGAAUCCCUUGGUAACGCUAGAGGAGAGCCGUGAGGAUAUGAGGGAGUUCAACAAAAAGUGCCUUGAGUUCCUUUCCAAGACGAUAAACAGUAGCAAGCGGUCACAUCCCUACGAUUCUACUCUGUCUGAGGCAGAGACAUACAUGGGCCUUGGAUACGAGUUUGGGCUGUUUGGGCUUCGAAGGGAUGGAAGGCUGGCAAUAAGCUAUUAUUCUUCUGCAGCCAGGCAAAACCACCCGGUGGGAACGUUCAGGAUGGGGCAAUGCCUUGAAAAGGGUGUUGGAAAGCCCAGGAACCACAAACAUGCUCUAAAUUUCUACAGAUGCUCCGCCAAGCUGGGCUUUAUUGUUGGGAUGCAUGCAUACGGCUCUGUUCUCAUCAAUGGAGACAUAGGAAGUAAGAAGGACUUCCAAAGCGGCCUGUUCUACCUGAAGCUUGCUGUCAGAAAGGCUAGUAAAGAGUAUCCAUAUCCAUACUACGACCUUGCACAGAUAUAUGAGUCUGCUACAGCACCCAGCGAGGUCCAGGCAGACGAUGAGUAUGCAUUCAAGCUGUACUUGAAGGGUGCUGAGCUUGAUUGCCCAAACUGCCAAUACAGAGUGGCAAGAUGCUGUGAGCUCGGCGAGCUGAAACAAGAAAAGAACCUUCCUCUGGCAGUUGAUUGGUACAGGAGGGCCUCUGCUCUUGGGCAGAUAGAUGCUCAAGUAAUAUACUCAAGAAUCUUAUUUACAGGAAUUGAGGGUGCAGUCCAGUCAAAUCUGAAGGAAUCGUUUUUCUGGGCACUGAAAGCAGCGGUGAGGGGCCACUCGCAAGCUGCGUUCUCUGUUGCAGAGUUUAUCGAAACCGGAUGCGGAAUGCCGAAAAAUACAUUCUUGGCACUGUGGUGGUAUACGAUCUCCUAUGAGACAGGGAAUACCCAGGCAAAGUCUAGACUGAUAGAGCUUCAGCGCCAGAUAGAAAUGAAGAACGAGGGGACUAGAGAGUCGAGAUGCUGUGGAUGCUUCUAG